UUCCAUGGAUCGGCAUGUAACUGGGUGUUUUUCCUAUAAUUCGCUGUAACGAUUAGACGUGUUAGGUAUCUUCUCUCGCCGAAGGAAAUAGAACUACAUGCUUCACCGUACAUCGCGGAAGUAUACAUCGUAUCAACAAACCAGGCGCUGUACAGACUAGUGGGAUUUUGUAAACAGAAUUCGGGGUGAAGCACAAUUUCGAGGCUACAAGACAUCGUGAUCCUGCAAACUAACGAAAAUAUGAGAGGGACGUCAAUGAAUGCUGUGAAACUAGUGCUGGCCUUCGUUUUUGGAAUGACCUUUAUCUUGCUUCUGAGUAGCUGGUACAAUUUAACUGAUGUUUUGACCAGGAACACGUUAUUAGCAAAGCAACAAUCCCUGCAAAGUCAAUUACUGCUUGCAAAUAAAAAGCCUUCAGUACCCAACCAAAUCCACAAUGCUCCAAACACUAAUACCAAAUUAAAGAGGAAGCAAACAAAAUGCGGGGAAACUGAUGACGAUUUCAAACUCUCUGGGAUCGAGGCUGUCCGAUCAUUAGUAGAAAAAGUGUCCAAGAAAUUUAGAAGCACGGAUACGUCUUGUGAACAAACGAAGUUUCCGAAACCAAACUCUAAGUUGACACCAAAAGAAAUUCUAGGGAAGCAGAAGUGUAUACGAAACUGGAAAAAGGACCAUAAAAUGGGAAGUAGGUCAUUUUGGGCCGGAAAUACUCAAUACAUACGGCACACUCACCAUACAUACAUAAAUUCAGACAGCACUGUUUUUGAUAUCGGUGGGAACAAGGGAGAAGACGCAGAAGCAAUGCUGAAAAGAUUUAAUCCUGGAAAUUACGUAAUAUUAGAACCAGUCAAGACAUUAUUCUCCAAUCUUGUUAGCAUGUUGAAGAACAAAAGCAACGUGGCUGUAUACAACUUCGGUCUAGCUCGGAAGAACAACAAGUUCUAUGUCAAUGUUCUGGGCCACGGAGGGGAUGCCACUUCCAUUUUUGCCGGAAACGAUGAUGGCGGAAGUUGUUUGCUUCGCGUCGUAAAUACCACACAAUUUCUCUUGCAUGUUGGUGUUCCAUGUUACGAAGUCGAUCUAAUUACGAUCAAUUGUGAAGGAUGCGAGUUUGAAAUAAUGGAGGAACUCAUAGGUAGUGGCAUGAUCGGUCAAUUUAGAAAUGUGCAGUUUGCUACCCAUCCAACAUUGAAACACCUCAAACAACCCAUAGAAAGAUACUGUGAAAUUCAAGAAAAACUGAAGAGGACUCAUAAAGUUGGAUAUCAGUACAAAUGGUGUUGGGAAAGUUGGAAAAGGAAAGAUCUUGCAUAGUUACAUUUAAAAAUGCCCAAGUCAAUUGAGUAGACUCAGUAAGUUACAUGUACCAUGACGAUGAUAGGAAAACAUAUAAACUUUGCUUUUCCCAACCGUCCACCAUGGUGAGCAUUGUUCGUCCAUUAUAUUGCAAUGUUCUGAAAUAAUGGUCAUAGGCGUACACCUGAACAAGUCUUGGUACAUUUCACUGGACAGAAUUUUUUUUUGUCAAGGAAGGACAAGCAUGAGAUGUACCUCCUUGAAACUGUGUUGUGUAGGUAUCUUCUCAUAAAUAACCAAAAUUACAAUAACUUGCUACAUUCCACAUGAAAUGAUACCGUGUAUUUCUUUAACGUCAGAGAAACUCGUAAACAAUAUAACUUUUUCCUAUGAUUGUCAUAGCUUUUCUUAAAGAGGAAAUAAGAAGUGUUGCGUCUAACAGAUUAUAUAAUGUUUGGGGUUUUAAAAGUGUUAAAACACCAAAAACAGAAAAGUUCACCAAAGCAUAGACCAUCAGGAACUGUCCUUAUAAUCGGCUUUGAAGUCAGUUUCAGACUUCAAAGACAUCGAUGCAGUAACCCAAACUGUUUCAGGGGAGUUGCUAGCACUGUUUCGAUGUCCAGGACACGGUGUCACAAAAGUAACUUAAGUUAACUGAGAGUUAACAUCUAGUUGUCACUAUAUAAAUAUUGGAGUUAAUGACAAAUCAACUGUUAGUUAAAAUAUCUAACCUUCAUGUAACUGAGUGCAGGUAAUUUCAUGAAACAGGAGCUUUCCUGGAAGUGUGAAUCAUCGAAAUAUGGUGGGUUGCCCGCUCUCGUAGGCGAUGGGCGUCGAAUUUAUUUUAAAAAUAAGGACUUGUGUACGCUAAUUUGAGCAUCAAGAUCAUUGUAAUAGGUAUAAGCUAUCGCUCAGCAUUCAUAGUGUAAUGGUGUAAGGAGAUCCAGUUAUUAUGAAUAAUGGAACAACCUGACUCCCCUUUUAAAGUGGUAUGAUCCAAGUAUACAUAAAGACCUGCAGAGGCUGAAUUAGUAAGUAUGGCGGAGAAUAGUCAGCACGAUAGGACAGGAAAAAAGAGCAAGAAGCAGAGCAGGUAAUAAAAAAGCUGGGAUAAUAAGGAAUAAAAUCCACCAGCAGGUAAGGUACUAUAGGGUAUAAAGCUUGGGUGUAGAGAGGUAGUAAAUCUUUAUUCUAAGAUUGAGGCACCUUACACAUUUGCUUUGACAGGAGUCCUGUACCAGGGAAUUUCGCGGUGGCUGAUACCUAGUCAAAGCAACAAGGCACCCUCUGUUACUCAAGUAGGGUAGUUUUAUUUCUUUCAAAAUUUAGAUCUAAUCAUUACCAUACCUCAGGUAAAGUCAGGAGUAAAAUACUUGUAAUAUUAUCUUAAUAACUAAAUCUCUAAAAGAAUCCUAGAUACACGUUACAGUAGCUUAUAUAGAUUGUUUAGUUGGGAUUCAAUUGAGUGGGUUUCACAAAUCUGGGAAUGCAUGAACUAGAAUGUAGACCACCUGGCAUUUUAAUUAAGAUUUCACAAGGCAAGUGUAAUCGGUAGUAUUGUAUGAAAAUGAUCUGAAUGGAUGCAAAAGAUUUUUCUCUGGAACCAAAAUGUUCAAAUGAAAAUAAAGAACAUGCGCAAAACAGAAACAGUAUGUCGCAUCCAGUGCAGGAACAUAUCGGGGUUGGAGGUUGGAAGUGUUGGCUUUGCAGAAAAUCUUGACCAGCAAAGCAAAAUAAUAAUAAACCCCCAAACAAACCAAGAUGUUUAGCCAGAUCAUCAAAGUCCUAAUUCUUAGAGGAGGAUGGGCAUCAUCUACUACGCCAGCCUCUAAAUUCCCACAAACACCAUUUUCUUGAAUCAUGGGGAGAUGUUACUUUUCAUGUUCAUACUUAGCUAAAUAGUUUAUACCUUCUAUCUUCUUCUCACUCCUAAUUACUAUUAAAAAUCAAAAAUGGUAGGGGAAGGAUAGGGAAUCACCCAAUAUGUCUUUUAUUUGCAUCACACAAUACCAUAAAUAGUAGUCAUUGUUAACAAUUCUGCAGCGAUGGUCUCUCAACCAAGAUGGCUGGAAACGACGCGAAUGGGAACUUGAACUAAAGUUUCUAAAUUUAACCAACAUACAUACUUUGGGAUAAACAUCCACUAACACUCCCUUUGCAAUUGGCACUCAACAACACAGCGUUUGGUCGAGUUCUGGAGAUUUGCUGAAUGGAUUAUUGUAAAUGACCACGUGGUGUUUCUAUCCUUCUCAAAUUUCAUUUUUGAGUGGUUAUUAUUCUUUGAUAUUGAACAUGUAUAAAAUCAAUAAAAAUGUUUCAAAUGAUUAAUUGUCACUUUUCUAUUUCCUGUUUAUUUGGAACCGUAUGCCUUUUGAUAGUACUUCUUUUAAGUUGAAUCAUUAUUCAUACUUACAAGUAUCCACACACAUAUAAUAACUUGAUUUAUAGCU